AUGGCCUUUGAAAUCAAAGCCUGUCUUACAGGAAGUGUCAUCAAUGCCACUCUUAAUUCCUGCUCCACUGCAGCCAUAGCCCCGCUUCGCUUUCUCCGCUCCUCUCUUAUCACGCCUACAUCUCUCUCCAUCCCACCUCCCCCGGGGAUACGGCAUAAGCUGACCUCUGACCUGGCGGGUAAGGAGCAGCAGAAGAAGGUUCUGGAGAUGGAGCUGGAGCAGUGGAGACGGAUCACAUUACCCCAGCAAACAGCACCAGCAGCCCCAGUUAACGCAGAGUGCUGCUGCCGGGGCAGGACCAUGCCCUCCCCGGCUAAUCCGGUCCCUCAGGUCCUGGAGGCUGAGGUCAAACAACUUCAAGCCAGACUUAAGAGUGCAAGUGCGGAGGUCACAAGGCAGGUGGCAGCUAACAAAGCCCUGCGAGGCCAACUCCAGGAGAAGGAGGACAAGCUCCGCCAGCUGCAGGACAAGGCGAACCACACAGAGCGAGAUGUGAGCAUGAAAAGGCAGCUGGUGGAGGACCUGAAGACGAGACUGAAGUUCCUGCAGGAGAUGGAGAACAGUUACCGUGGACAGGUGGAGGAUCUGGAGAAAAAGGUGAAGACUUCAUCAGAGGAGGCCACCAACAGGAAGGCCCUCGUUGAUUCUCUAAAGAGGAGACUGAGUGUUGCCACCACAGAGAAAGGCCAGUACGAUGCGUCCUGUAAAAAGCUGACAGAGGAGUUGGAAAAAAAGGAGCAGCGCAUGCAUGCCUUGCAGGCUCGUGUGGGCGCGAGUGAGCAGGCUCUGGCCGCGCUGGAACAGACAGCCACUGAGCAAAUGAAGGGGUUGACCCAGCAGAGCUCCAAUGCCUUGGACAGGCUUCAGAGACAGCUAGGCCAAGCCCACUCCCAUCUGGAGCAGCUCCAUGCCUUCAUCAAGGUACUUGACAGUGGUGAAGAGUAUGAGGACAGUCUCAACGGGGGGGCCUCCAGGACAACGCUACACAGACGACACACUGACAGGAAGUCCUACAGGUGUUCGAUGAUCUCACACGCAGCCGCAGCAGGAUCCAGCAGAAAGCAACCCGACGUUCUGGUCCAAGACGAUGAGCAGCAUGAGCCCUGGGAUCGAGGGACGAGGGGAGAGAAAAGGAGGUGGAGGAGGAAGAGGAUGCUAAUGAAGAGCCAGCACUGCUCCUCCUCUUCUCUGCAGCAGCGCGUGGAGUCCCUACAGCGUCACGUUGACAUACUGCGAAGUGCCGGGAAAGACGCUGUGCUCUCAGCCAAAGAGCUGCGAAGGGCCAAUGAGAAGAUCACGGCACAACUCCACUCUCUUUCUGAGAAGCUCUGCAGCAGUAAACAGCUCACACAGCCCCUCAGUGUGUCGCUGCCUCCUCCCGCAGCUUCUCUUAACGCAGCUCCACACUCAGACCCAAACUUUAACUCGGUCUCUCCUCUCCUGUCUGCACCUCCUUCCUCCACCAGAUGUGUUUCUAGCUCCAUGAACAGCUCCCCCGGACGCAUGGAGAUCUAA